CGCAAGCAACGUGUAUUGACACAACCGUGGACGCAAGCCUCCGUUGUUUGUGUGAAUGAAUGGUCCGGUCCCUCCCACACGACAAAAACAUACAGACAUCUGGCAUACAUGCAUCAAAAUGUCCAUCCAUCGCUCGGCCGAGUAUGCGCUGUAGUGCCUCCCUUCCCUCCCUCUUCACUCGGCUGCUGGAGGCACGCGCAGCUGCACCACCCUCUCGCCCCCCUCCCCCUCCAAAACCCUCAGCCUCUCAUCCACAUGAAGAACAGUCACCUUACGAUCUCCACUGACCCACAAGCCGGUCUCCGAACCACCCCACCUGACACUGGCCCUCUCCUCGGUGGUAGUAAAGCCCUUGGGCGUGAUUCCUCUUGAAGGGUCGUCCUCACUGAGCGAGCUGCGGGCAAUGACACUCGCCCCCGGCCAGCUUCUGAACUCGGUGCGGGUCUCAAGGGUGGAUGUCGCUGUGUCCCAGGUCUGGAAGGUGCGGGCCCAUGGCGAGAGGACGGUCUGCCACAGAGGUCCUGAGCUCCACACAUUCUCUCGCUCGCCGUCGAGUGCAGUCCGGUCGAAGCGUGUGGGGUUGCGUGCGAGAAGGCCGACAAGGCCCUCGAUCUCUCGUGAACGACCUGCAUCAGCGUCCCCACUCCUCCCCGACGCCAGCAGGUCCGCCAGCCGUCGGCUCCACCGCUCUGUCGGCCGCUGAGUGCCCCACUCUGACGGAGCUUCUGGCCUCCUCGUCCAGAUGAAUGUCGCGCCUCUACUGUCCUGCACACACACACACACACACACACACACGAAGAGCGGUAUGGAUGCACUUUCUUGCUCCCCCCAAUCAGUCAGUCCCUCCCUCACCCUCCUCCCUUACCCUUGAUACCCUGAAGUCACUGUCGAGGUAGACAUUGUCGAACCACCCACUAAAGGGGAGAGGGAGCGCCACCUCAGGCAGGCCGCGGACCGAAGUGACGGCCCUGCUGAACUUGAUGGCCACACGCGGCCCAGACUCCUGCGGCUCGGCGUCAACGAACAGCCGGACAGAGGACUGUGUGUCGUUGUAGAGCAGCACCGUGGUCACCCUGCACUGCUCGCCGGACGUGUCGAUCUCCUGGUAGGCCGUCGUUGCCCUCGAGUAGAGCGGGUUGGAGAGGAGGGCGAGCGCCUCAGCGUCGUUGUUCCAACAGAAUUGCCACACCCCGUCCAGCAGGGCAGAGCUGGCACUGUCCGCAACUGGGGAGAUGGACGCCAGCUCAUCAGCAACAGCGAGGAUGCGGCUCGUCACAUCGGCCGCCCGCACUUGGCCCUGUUCUGCCUCUUCAGACAGCCUCAGCAGCUCUUUCUUGAGUAGAUCUGGCGGCCGUGAGGACCUCCGUGCCGCCACAGCCGGUGAUGCGAGAGUGGCCUUGCUUGGCGUGGGAGAUGGGCGACGUGAUGGGUAUCGAUGGUUGGCUGAAAGUGAUGAGGGGUGGAGGAAUGCGGACGCGGCAGAUGCGUCCAGGAGGAAGGCAAUAAAGAGGAGGAGCAGCUCCAUUCGAG